AUGCCUUCUAAAUCCAAAAAGCGAAGGCAGAACCUUCUCGCCAAGCAAGAACUUGUCGAAAAUAAUAAAAAUGCAGGCUCUACAUCUCCAAAUACUCCAGUUGAAAAUGGUAGCACCUCUGUAACAGAAUCUAGACCGAAUGGCAGCAGCGGCGAACAAAAAACGAUAGUGGAUCCAGAAAUGCUCAAAGCUUUCACCAAGGGAAGACCAGCAGAAGCUUCAAGUACGGUUGCAUCAACGACAAAUAAUAAUGCAGUAGUAAAUGGGCAUACUCAGGAGGGUGGUCAAUAUACUGGGGGAGCCUAUCAUGAUGAGUAUGAUGAAGAAUUAGAUCCCGAGCUGACCAAGACCAGCAUUCAAAGACUUUUAUCUGACACACGACAUCCUGUUUUAUACGAUGUUCCUGAUCACGUAAACCUGAACCCAAGGCAAGCUCUAAGCCAUCCCAUGCUUUCAAUGUCAAGGGAUGAUUAUGUUUUUAGGCAAAAUCUUGUGUUUCGGGAACUUACUGGGCAUCAGUCAUGGCGGCACAAGAAAGAAGCUGAUUUAGAUAAUGAAGCAGAGGAUGAACUAUUGAUGAAGAUGCUUGAAAUAUUUAUUGCUGGUCAGGAUGAAUUGACUUACAACGAGUACAUGGAACAGAAGUACAUCAUCGACAUUGUGGAGGAGGCAGCGGAAAGUGCUGCAAGGUAUAUUAUUGCUAAUCCUACUUUAAACGCCAAGGUUCGUGCCCUAGUUAUAAAUUACGGAAAGCUAAAAGCCCAAGUGGCCAAAUUACAGGGUGAAUUCCUAGAGCUAUCAGCGGCUAGGAGUGUUGGAGAUAGGGAUCGUGAACAUCUGCAAACUGUUUUAGCAGGUGAAGUUGUCAAGCGUGUCCGACUUGAACAUAUUUGCCAAGGUAUGCAAAACAAAAUCGAACAGAUACAGUCUGAAGCGGAACGAAAGUUGGAUAACGUUGGCAGAGAAUUGGACGAGCUACAUUCAAAUGCAAGAGAGCAAGAGAAAACACUUGAUCAGGCGCUUGCGAACAUUGAGAAAAGGGAAGCAGAAAUGAAAGCAAGGUAUGAAGAGCAAGAAAAAAUGCUUCAAGAAAGGUUCAAAUUAAGAGAGGAAUAUUUAAUCUCGAACUUUAAAGCAAAAACUGAAGAACUACAGGAAGCAUUUAGGACGAAGAGUGAAAGUCAGAUGGAACUAAUAAAAUCAGAGAUAUUAGAGCUACGGCGACAGGUUAAGCAGGUUUUUAAUAACGAUAUUGCCCCUCUUGUUCCCUAUGAUGAUGGACACCAUUCAAAUUCAGCGAAUACUGUACUAGAGCCCCCUGAUUCAACAGGGGUGCCAGAACUUCUCGACUUAUUUUUGAAAUCGACCUCUUCUGCUGGCAAUAGCCAGUCUUCAGCCAUUUCUUCCACGUCUGAAAUAUCACGUCAGGAAAAGCUGAAACUUCUGAUGCGAAAAUUUUUCGAGCAAUAUGCAGCACGGGAGAAAUAUUACAAGUCCACUAUUCGCGAUAAGGAUCUCCAGAUUCAAAUAUAUCUUAUUCGCGCGAAACAAGAAAGGGCAUCUGCCGAAACUGAGCGUAAACGAGCACAGGUUUUAAGAGACGAAGUCGCGACAUCGGCCGUGUCUUUAUCUAAGGCACUUUCUGCUCUGAAGUCAUACGUAGAAAGGUUUGCCAAAUUAGAUACUCUUGUUGAGAAGUUGAGAAAAAUGCUUGACGGCUCAUUUGAUAAGAUUACGGAGCUUCAGGGUCUUAUUAAAACGGUUUCGAAGGAAAAUUUGAGGGCCACGGCCAUGAUGUCCCGUACAGAAAAGGUUUUGGAAAUGACAUCAAAUAUAGCUGAUGAAAGAGAUUCGCUGAAGGCGAAAGUGGGUACCUUGGAGAACUUAUGCAGGUCUUUAGCAAAUUCAAAGACCAAGUUACAAAACGACUUAUCAGUUCAAAAAGCCCUGGUUCGGGAAAUGAGAAGCCAGGCUAUCUCAGCAGUUGGCAAUGUACCUUCGAUAUAUAAUGAGGCUAACGAUUCAGAUAAACGACAAGUUGAUAGGACCGCACAGAUCCAUGAGGAACUUGAGCGAAACCUUGAUUUCAUAUCCCCAGAUGAAGCUGCAAGGAAGUCGGCAGAACACCGCCAUUUUUAUGAUCUGACUAAUCAGCUUAGGAAAUGGGAUGAUGCACAUCCGACCCAAGAACCAAGAUCGUCGACUGCCCUCAAAGCUUUUGGCUUCAAAAGUUUUGAUGCGAUGGACAAUUUUGUUCAGUCUCCAAAGGGCGUAUUGGGGACAUGUGGUGAAGAAUGUCCCCUCCAUGGUAUAGGUUCAAUUUACAGGCCAAUGUGGGAUGAGUACAUUUCCAGGCUGCCUGGCUUUGAGAGAGAGGAUGAUGACUCUACUGUCGGCUCUUCCUCUGCUGGGAGCUCAUCACAUACCGGCCACACAAAACGGUUUUUUGGACCAGAGCGACCACCGCAUAUGCAGAAGACUAUAAAGAAGAAACUACCCUCAUUUCUCAGUUACAACAUCAGCUAG